UGUUGCCUGCAAAUUACGCGAAAAUAUCUCUGAACAAAAAAAAUAAAAAAAUAAAAAAAGAACCGAAUCAGUCGUGGGGAAGGAUCCGAAAGAACAUGAACCCUAGAAAUCCGAAGAAACCCUAAUCUUAGCCAACGCUCAUAAUCGCUUCCCUAAUCGUCUCGAAUCUUAAAUCGCCGCGGCGCAGGAGCUAACCUAGGGCUCGCGAAAUUAGGGUUUCGUUUCUCCUGUUAUCCGGGAAGGAGGAAAAUCGACGGCGGAGUAUCUAGGUUUACUGUUGAUUUCACCGUUCCAUGGGCGGCGCGAGCGGUGGUUUGCGUCGGUUAUGAGCCUUGACCAAUGCCAGUGGCCGGAGAAGAAGAUGACGGGAAUCGAUUCGUUAGCUCAGGCGAGCAAACACCUCUCGGAGAGGUCUCCUUACGAUGUUCCUGAAGAUGGUUUAGCUCUGGGGUUGAGUGUGAGUACCUUACCCGUUGCGUUGGCUAAUUGGUUGAACCAGAAGGAUGAUAAUAAGAAGCGGCGUAAGAAGUCUCACUACGGGACUGAGACUAAGAAUAAGAAGAAGAAGUCUUCUAGGGUAGGGGAGAAGCUGAGAGGUGGGAGUGUUUGGGUUGAGCAUGAGGACUACUUUAGGCGAUUAGAGGCUCCUGAUUUAGAAACUUUGUCAGGUUUAGCUUCUCUACGUUCUUUAUCUUGUGGAAACUGCUUUUCUGUUCCUUCUGUGGAGUACGAAUCGGUUAGUACUCCACAGAGGGAAACUGACGCGGCUGCUAGUAACGAGGAUGUUAAAGACAUUAUUAGUGAAGAAGUAUCUGAAGAUGUUGGGAAGAGUGUUGAUGAGAUCUCUUCUGGUGGUUUAGAAUGGAUUUUAGGUUGUAGAAAUAGGAUUUUGUUGACAUCAGAAAGGCCGUCGAAGAAGCGGAGGCGUCUUGGUAGGGAUGCAGGUUUGGAGAAAUUAGUGGUUGCUGCUCCUUGCAGAGGGAAUGCGUUGUUAUGUGAUUUUUGCUGCACUGGUGGUGAUGCCAAGGGAUAUCGUCACCAGCUAAUUGAUUGUACUUCCUGCAAAGCUACAGUUCAUAAAAAAUGCUACGGUGUGGUUGAGGAUACGGAUAAGGCUUGGUUGUGCUCCUGGUGUGAGCUGGAGAAUGGUUGUAGUGAUAGUGAAAGACCGUGCUCGCUUUGUCCCAAGAAGGGUGGUGUUCUGAAACCGGUUCUCUCGAAAACUGAGAAUGGCGGGCCACCGGAGUUUGCUCAUCUGUAUUGUUCUCUGUGGAUGCCUGAGGUGUAUAUAGAAGACUUGAAUAAAAUGGAGCCUAUCUUGAAUUUGCCUGGAAUAAAAGAAACUCGCAGGAAGUUAUUGUGUAACUUGUGCAAGGUGAAAUCUGGUGCUUGCGUUCGAUGUUGUUAUGCAACAUGCCGAGCAUCUUUCCAUCCUAUAUGUGCAAGGGAGGCAGGGAAUAGGCUAGAAAUCUGGGGAAAACAUGGGUGUGAUACUGUUGAACUGCGAGCUUUCUGCUCGAAGCAUUCAGAUAUUCAAGAAAGUGGAAGGCCUAUAAAGGACGGAGAUAUUAAUGCAGCUGACCCUACUGUAUGUCAUCUUCCAUCAGAAUCUAUAAGAGAUCGCCCAAGUAAUGAUGAGACGGGAGUCGAAGUAGGAACACAAGGUACAGGCUCUGAUAUUUCGAGAAACAGUGCGUUGCAAGAACUGGAAUCACCACGUUCAGAAUUUGACAGGUCUGCAACACACAUUGUUGAAUCAGGGAUGACUGAGAGGAGCACAGAUAAUGAAAAAACUCGAUCCGAGUCUCUUAGUUUUGUAUUGAUUCUGAAAAAGUUGAUCGACCUGGGUAAAGUGGAUGUGAAGGAUGUGGCUGCAGAGAUUGGGGUCAAUCCUGAUGCUUUGAAUGCCAAACUUGGGGAUGGAGACUUGUUACCUGAUUUACUAGGCAAGAUAGUUAAAUGGCUUAGACAGCAUGCACACAUGGGUAAUAGGGACAAAUGCGGAAAUUUUAAAAGUACGAACACAACUAAAUCUGAGCGUUGGGCAGAUAUCUGUACUGAAGGCACUGUGAUGUUAGGUUCUGACAUUGUUUUUUCUCUGGAGCGAACCUCUGCUGAAAAUUGUACUGGUAAUGGUUUUGUGGUCGAAGAAGCUGAAGCUAAGCCAGUUUUGAAAAAAGAAAUCAGUGGGAAUUUGCCAUCUGAUCAUUCUUCAGAAGAACAGAAAUCAGUAGUGCUUGAUCAGGAAUUUCAUCUUGGGAAAAAUUCAGUUCAUCUUUCUGAUGAUCACGGAGGAGAAUUAAAUCCCAUUUCGUCUGGAGUGAUGGUGGAGAAUGCCUUUUCUGUGAGGCCAAAUAGUUCUCAUAUGCCAAAUAGUUCUCAUAACCGUAGAAUUUUGAACUGUCCAAGUCCUAUUAUCUUGGAUCUCCUUGAUCGUGAAGCAUAUCCUGGUUUCAAUCCUCAUCCUUAUAUCCACAAGGAAUUGUCAGAGAUGGACAAGAGAAAGAUCCUGAAAAGCAGCACGAAUUCUUAUGAGGAUAGGAUGACAAACGAACCUGAUGGCACUGAAGAAGGAACAAAACAUCUGCAGGACGCUGGCGAUCACACUAUCUGUUGUGAUUACCAAAGUCAGAGUGCAGAGCGCGGAGAUACAUAUUGUCAGUUAGCUAAAGCUGGGAAACUGGGCAUACUGGAUAUGUCUCCUAAAGAUGAAGUGGAAGGAGAACUUCUAUAUUAUCAACUUCAGUUACUUGGCACCGGAGUUUCAAGAAAACAACUAUCGGACGAUCUAGCCUACGCAGUUACCAAAAAGCUGCCCCUGGAGAUUGAUGAAGAGCAUGGACGAAGAUGGGAUGAUGUUCUGGUCAACAAAUAUUUCCACGAUGUCAGGGAAGCAAGAAAGCAAGGCAGGAAAGAGAAAAGACACAAAGAAGCCCAGGCUGUUCUAGCUGCUGCUACUGCAGCAGCAGCAACAUCUUCUCGGAAUACAUCGCUCAGGAAAGAUAUGACAGAAGAACCUGCUCAACAAGAGAUGAGUACGUAUAGACGUAAAGUUACUACCAGCGGUCACCUAGUGCCACAGACAAAGGAAACACUUUUAAAGGUGCCUGUUUCUGGUCCACCAUCUGAUAAGAGUUCUGACCAGCGUACACGAGAAUUUUCAUUACAGAAUCCGCGAAGUUGUGACAUCUGCAGACGCUCUGAAACUAUAUGGAACCUGAUUGUGGUGUGCUCUAGUUGCAAGGUUGCUGUUCACAUGGACUGUUAUAAAUGUGCUAAAGAAUCUAGUGGUCCUUGGUACUGUGAACUAUGUGCGGAAUCUACUGGUUCUUUCAAUUUUUGGGAAAAACCGCAUUCUACUACAGAAUGUGCUUUAUGUGGAGGCACAACUGGGGCUUUUAGGAAAGCCACAGAUGGCCAGUGGGUACAUGCAUUUUGUGCUGAGUGGUCUCUCGAAUCAACCUUCAGAAGGGGGCAAAUAAAUCCUGUGCAGGGAGUGGAAUCUCUGGCCAAGAACACCAGCACUUGUUGUGUAUGCCAACGGAUAUAUGGUGCAUGCAUUAAGUGUAGUUAUGGUAACUGCCAGACGACAUUUCACCCAACCUGUGCCAGAAGUGCUGGCUUUCAUAUGAUUGGUGGUGGAAAACUUCCGCAUAAGGCUUACUGUGAGAAGCACAGCUUGGAACAGAAGGCAAAGGCUAAAUCUCAGAAACAUGGGACAGAGGAACAGAAAAGUCUCAAGCAUUAUAGGGUUGAACUAGAGAGGCUACGCCUUCUAUGUGAGCGGAUAGUCAAAAGGGAGAAGUUAAAACGAGAGCUGGCUGUUUCCUCACAUGAGAUACUUGCUGCCAGAAGGCAUCACGCUGCACGUAAUCCAUUUCCUCUUCCUGAAGUGUCUUCGGACUCAGCUACAACGUCAAUUAAAGGUCAUCAAGAUAGUAAUAUAUCUGGAAGUGAAGCAAUACAGAGGUCAGAUGAUAUCACCAUUGACAGCACAGCCUCUGUUAAGCGUCGACGACGAGGCAAAUGUCCUGUUUUAAUGGACACUGAUCAGAAAUCCGACGAUAGUGCUACUUCCAAGGGUCGUAAGCAACCAACCGAAAGCCAAGUGUUCUCUGGGAAAACCGUUCCACGCAAACAUUGUAUAGUCUCGCCAAGUGUAUCAGAGGAAGGAGAUGAAGAAUCAGAGCCCAAGAAGCAGCAUGUAGAAACAUUUGCCAAGGAGCUUGUGAUGACAUCGGACGAAGCUUCUUUCAAGAACCGGCGGCUCCCAAAGGGUUACUUUUAUGUUCCCGUUGAUUGUCUGCAAGAAGACAAGCUGGGCAACAAGAAGGCGGAUUCAUCUGAUAAGCCAAACCAAACUGUGCCUUACGGUGAGUGUGAGAUUUGAGAGAAAAGAAGAAAAAGGCUCAUUUUAGAUUCUGUUUGACCUUUUAUAAAGAAGUAGUAUCAGUCACUUGAUUAUGUUUGUAUACAGCAGCUUACGUAAUAGGGUAGAGCAGAAGUGUAAAUAUUCUUCAAUUUUUUCUAAAAUUUCUUUAGUUAUGCAUGCUAAAUUAAAUUACAUAAAGUUCAGGUUCAGUAAAUAAAUUUUCUAUAAUCAA